CUCAAACUCUCUUUUCUUAAUCUUCUCAAUUAACUGGAGUAGUAGCUCCAUCCAUUUGGUAACUGAAAACUACUGCAAGGCAAGAAUUUCUGCUAUCUAGUCCAAAAAAAAAGGGUUCAAUCCUCAUCAUGCCGGCUAGAAAACACGUCGCGAACAGUUCCAGAUCUGACUUUUUCCCUACCGCCGCGGCGAACCGCUCCAAAACGCUGUCCAUCACCGGACCAACGCUCCACGCGUCACGCCGCCGCGCUGCCGGCCGCCGGCCGGGAACCAGUCCGCCUCCCCUCCCGCCAUAAUUUAAAUACAGCAAAACGCAAAAUACCUGUCCUGCCCCUGCUCCAGCUCAUGGUGAUCGCCUUGUCUCCCGUGCCUGUUUCGGUCAUUUCUGCCUCGUGCCUCCUGCUUGCCAAGCCCAACCAAGAUGGUCAAGACAAACCCGUCCCCGUCGCCGUGCGCUCGCAGCCAGUGCUCGAUCACCGCAGCGCCAUGGCCAGGCCGACACCGACGUACUCCACCAUCGUGGCCCACGCCACCGCCUUCCUCGCCGAGCUCAUCGCGGACCCGCUCCUCCGGCGCCACCUACUCUCCGCUGCCGCGGCCGCGGACGGCGGCGGGGGGCAGCAGCACCCGGCGGGCACGCUCCAGGCGCUGUCUCUCAUAUCGGACGCGCUCGACACCGCGGCCUCCGCUUCGCCCUCGCCGUCGUCUCUCCGCGCCGCUGAGGGCCUGCUGAAGUCGCUCCCCGAGCCGACCCCUCUCUCCUGCCUCCUCCUCGCGCUCGCGUGCGCCGCGCGACGCCGCGGCGGGGCGCCGGCCGCUGCCGCCGUUCUCGACCUCUUCGCAAUCGACCCCGCUCUCGCGCGCCACGAGCUCGCACCCGCGGCCUUCGAGGCGCUGUUCGCGCCACGCCUACUCCCAGUGAUGCGGCACUUCGCGGCGCGCCGCGCAUCCGCCUCCGCCUCCACCGCUGCGAAUGGGGACGAUGACAGGUCGGUGGAGACGGCGGCGCUUUCGGCGAUGCGGGUGCUGUCGCUGUUGAGCGGCGCCCAGGCGCAGGAGAUGAGGAGCCUGGAGCGGGAGUACGAGAAGGUGCUCGACGUGAACUGCAAAGCGUACGCGCUCUAUCUGAAGAAGAUCCUCGAAGCCGGCGAGAUGUCGACGGUGUCAUCACCACCGUCGCCUCCUCCAGAGCUAGCGUUCGGCGUCGGAUACGGCGAAGAGAACAGCGGCGAUGAGGAUUCCACGCCGGAGACCAACGACGCUGUCAGCUCGCAGAAUGACGUACGGUACAAUCCGAUGUGGGCGGACGGGGACGAGCAGGGCGAUCUGUACCCGCGGCGCCAGGGCAGCGGCAAGGGCCGGAGGAACCUGAUGAGGCCGCCGAGCCUGUACCCGCAGCGCGUGCCGCCGCACCUCAUAGUGCAGCAGCAGCAGUCGCCGCCGAUGGGCAGUGGAAGCCCGGCGUCAAGGCUCCGAGCGGAGCACUCGCAGUCGCAGUCGCCGGCCGCGCCUUCCGACGAUAGCAUGGAGGAGUUUUCCUCCGAGCUCUGGGCCGGCAAAGAGGAACAGCGCGCGGCGUCGCCACUGCCCAAGCCACGCGGAGUUCCGCCACGAGCACGCGCCGACGACGGCCGGCUGUCUCCGGAGCCCGCCAGCUCCCCGAUGCGCGGCGACGCUGACCCGGUGGUGGGGACGACGCAGUCGCUGGCGACGCCCAAGGACUUCGUGUGUCCGAUCACCAGCCAGGUGUUCGACGACCCCGUCACGCUUGAGACCGGCCAGACCUACGAGCGCCGCGCCAUCCAGGAGUGGCUCGACCGCGGCAACGCCACCUGCCCCAUCACGCGCCAGCGCAUACACGGCGCGCAGCUGCCCAAGACCAACUACGUCCUCAAGCGCCUCAUCGCCGCCUGGCGGGAGCAGACGUCCCCGGCCGCCACGCCCACGCGCGCUGCUACAUCCCCGGGGACGAUGGAGAGCCCCGCGCCGUUCAAGAUCAACUCGCCAUCCCCGGACACCACCAGCAGCCACUCCAGCGCGCCAUCGCCCACUAGCGUCAUCGCGCAGGCCUCCCUCGAGAGCGCCAUCGGCGAGCUCCGCGCCGCGGUGUCCUGCCUCUGCACUUCCGAGGACCUGGCCGAGUCCGAGAAGUCGGUGCUCAAGAUCGAGCGGCUCUGGCGCGAGGCCGGCGCCGACCAGGUCGUCCUCGCCGCGCUGGCCAGGCCCGCUGUGAUCAAUGGUUUCGUGGAGAUCCUCUUCAACUCCGUCAGCGCGCAGGUGCUGCAGGUUGCCGUCUUCAUCCUCGCUGAGCUCGCCUUCCGGGACGACGCCGUCGUGCAGACACUGACCAGGGUCGACUCCGACGUGGACUGCCUGGUCGCCCUGUUCAAGAAAGGCCUGGUGGAGGCCGUGGUGCUCAUCUUCCUCCUGUCUCCGACGCCAGAGCAGCUCGUCGAGAUGGACAUGGCCGAAGCUAUCGUCUCCACCAUCCGGCGCGGCGACGAGAACCCGCUGAAGAUGUGCGUGAAACCCAAGGCCGCGUCGGUGAUCCUCCUCAGCCAGAUCCUCGUGGAAGGCGGCACCGACAGCGCCACGUCGCCGGUGCCAAGGUCUGCCUUGCUGUCCGAGAGGUUCAUACGGAGCGUGGCCGUGAGCCUGGAAGCCGAGCAGGUCGAGGAGAGACUGGCCGCCGUGCGGAUCCUACUGAGGUGCAUCGGAGAGGAUGGCCACUGCCGGAGCAGCAUCGUCGAGAAGUCGUCCCUGGGCGCCGUCCUCGACGCCUUCCACGUCGUCGGCGACGCGGACAAGUUCGACAUCGUGCGGUUCCUCUAUGAGCUGCUCAAGCUGAAAAAGCGAUCGGCGGCGGAGCGCGUUCUUCGGACGAUCAAGGAGGGCAGCUCCUUCAGCAUGAUGCACACGCUUCUCGUGUACCUGCAAUCCGCGCCACCGGAAUAUAGCCCUGUUGUUGCAGGACUACUCCUUCAGCUCGAUCUCUUGGUGGAGCCGAGGAAGAUAAGUAUGUACCGCGAGGAAGCGAUGGAUAUCCUCAUCCAGUGCCUCAAGAACACCGACUUCCCUCGGAGCCAGCUCCUUGCUGCCGAGACCAUCAUGAGCCUCCCCGGGAAGUUCUCGUCGUCGGGGAGGCCGCUCGCUCGAUCGGCGCUGCUGAAGCUGGCAAGGGUGAAAGAAAGGUACCGGCAGUCGCAGGAGCUGAGCAUUGUUCGCGCCGACGGCGAAGACGAAAUGGAAGAAGAGAAGGCUGCCUCCGAAUGGGAGAGGAAGACGGCCUACGCAUUAGUGAGCCAUGAGUUCGGGCUGGUCUUCGAGGCCCUGUCCGAGUGCCUGACGAGCAAGAACGCCGAGCUGUUCACAACGAGCCUCGUGUGCGCGACCUGGCUCGUGUACAUGCUCUCCCUCCUACCCGACACCGGCGUGCUCGGGGCCGCGAGGGUCUGCCUGCUGCGCCAGUUCGUGCUCGUCCUCCGGUCCGCGAAGCACGGCAGCGACAGGGUCCUCGCCAUGGUGGCGCUGAGGAGCUUCAUGAACGACCGCGAGGGGAUGCAUGACAUCACGACGUACAUCAAGGAUGUGCUCAAGACCCUGAGGGAGCUGAAGAAAUCGUCCGGCCUCGCGUUCGAGAUGCUCAAGCUGCUAUCAGAUGGCCAAGAAUCCAGCGUUGACAUGUGGAAUCAUAAGGAGCUUAGCCAAGCAGACUGCAGCUCAAAUGGUGAAGUAACAUCAAUUGUGUACUUAAAGAGUUACAUCUUCUCUGGCCACUCUGAUGGAAUACUAAAGGUCUGGGAGGGAAGUGAAAACAUCCUUCGCCUCGUCCAUGAGUCUCAAGAACACACAAAAGCAAUCACCAGUUUAGCAGUCCUACACUCGGAGGAGAAAAUCUUCAGUGGAUCCCUGGACAGAACUAUAAGGGUGUGGCAGUUCCGGGACAGCCUCCUCCGUUGCGUCGAGAUCCACGACACGAGAGAGCCGGUGCAGAAUCUGGCCGUCGCCAACGCCAUGGCCUGCUUCGUGCCGCAAGGCGCAGGCGUUAAGGUGCUUAGCUGGAACGGCAACUCCAAGAACCUCAACCCCAACAAGUACGUGAGGUCCAUGGCGCUCGUGCACGGCAAGCUCUUCUGCGGCUGCAACGACAGUAGCAUUCAGGAAAUCGAUCUGGCGAGUGGAACACUGGGUGUAAUCCAGUCCGGCAACAAGAGGAUCUUGGGGAAGGCGAACCCGAUAUACUCCCUGCAAGUUCAUGAUGGACUGCUCUACACCGGAAGCACUUCUCUAGACGGCGCAUCGGUCAAGGUGUGGAACAGCUCCAACUACAACCUCGUCGGCUCAAUGCCGUCGUCGAUGGAGGCUCGGUCGCUUGUGGUCAGCACGGACCUGAUAUACCUAGGCUCCAGGAACGGCGCCGUGGAGAUCUGGUCCAGGGAGAAGCUCACCAGGAUAGGUACGCUCCAGGCCGGCGGUCCCAGCUGCCGCAUCCAGUGCAUGGCCGUCGACGGCGACGGCGACGUCCUGGUCGUCGGGACAUCAGACGGCAGAAUUCAGGCGUGGGGAUUGACUUGAGAAGUUGCAGAUUAUUGGGUGCAGAGGAAGAUCAAGGGAUGGUGAAUAAAAAGUGGAAUCGCGAGUGUCACAUUGCUAAUUAAUUUGGAGUGUCAUAUUGCAAGAUCAUUUUUUUUUUCUUGGACGCUUUUGCAGACCUGCACAGUGUACAUAUCGACUGAGUUCAUAGCACUGAUUGCUUCAUUCA